AUGGCAAAUAUACAAUUGAUCACAAAUGCAUCUGCUUUAUCUUAUAUUGAAAAAGAUGUUGAUAAAGCUAUUGAAUCAGUACUAGAAUUUUAUGAUACAACAAACUCAAAUAUUGAUUCGGUAAUCGUACAGUUACAACAGGUAAUUAGUGAUGUCAAAGAAACAUGUGAAAAUCAAAAAUAUGCAACAGCACAACCACCAAACACAAAUGAAAUCGUUACAAAUGGUCUUCGAAAUAUGAUAACAACAACACAAUGUGUCACUAAAAUGAAACAGUCAACAAAAUAUUACAGUGAUAAACAUAAAGAUUUACAUGCUUGUAUAUCAAAAAUAGGUAAAACAGCUGAUAAAUGUUUUCAAUCUGAUUUUGGUAAUGUGCCAAUUGUUGAUAUAUUCGAUACAACAGAUAAAUUAAAAUAUAUUCAUAUGAUUAUUUGUGAAGAUUUAUAUCGACAAGGACGUAUUUCAAUAGCUAAAAAGUUGAUUGAAGAAACCAAACUGAAUGAUAAUGAACUAUUCAAUAUUGAACAAACAAUUCUAGAAGAAAUUAAUUAUAUUCUAGAAAAUAUACGGGAAAAAAAUUUACAACCUGCUCUCGACUGGUGCAAGCGUAAUCGUGAACAAUUAUUAAAAACAAACAGUCUUCUUGAAUUCCAUUUACAUAAAAUGAGAUUUUUACAAUUAUUAAUUGAACAAAAUUAUGAUGAUGCUAAAAUGUAUAUGUGGAAUUUUAGCCAAUAUAUUCAAAUGAAUAGUGAAUGUGAAAAAGUUGUCAAAGAAUUGAUGGGAGCAUUUGUGUUUUCACAACGUGAUCUAUCAAAAUCACCGUAUAAAUAUUUAUUGGAACCACAUCUUUGGUUACAAUUAUCAGAUUUAUUUGUGAAACAAGCAUUUCAACAAAUGGGCUUAUCUCAAGAUAGUCCAUUGUAUGUUGUCAUGAAAACUGGAUUUAGUGCAUUGCCAGCUUUGAUGAGUAUCGUGAAUGCAAUGCAAAAUACUCAAGUCUGUCAUAUAUUAUCGAAAGAUGAAUUACCAAUUGAAGUUGAUGUUGGUCAAGAUCAUCGUUAUCAUAGCGUAUUUGCUUGUCCGAUAUUAAGACAGCAAACAACUGAUCUAAAUCCACCAAUGAAAUUAGUUUGUGGGCAUGUCAUAUCAAGAGAUGCGCUAGUAAAAUUAACCACACAGACAAAAUUAAAAUGUCCAUAUUGUCCGAUGGAACAAAAUCUGAGCGAUGCACGACGAUUAUUUUUUUGA